AUGGUUAAGAUCGCUUUCGAAGAUGACGACAAUGUUACGCCCGUUUACACUUACAAGCUACGAAUAGUUGCUGAGGUCCUUUACCUCCGAUUCGCGUAUCUUCCAAUGAGAGGACGUCCGUAUUCACGCAUCUUCAAUCGCGCAACCGGCAUGUAUAAAGACACAAUGUAUGCAGCACAGGAGACUAUUGAAGCAGUUUCCAGCUCUGGAAAGCUUCAUCUUCAGUAUCAUGACUGGCUAUUGGAUGUUGCAAGCCACGUCGACGAGGAGUUGCAUUACGCGCUCUGUAACCACAUGUUCGAGGGCAUAGUCGUUUGCAAAGAGCCUGCGGCACGUAAUGCGAUAUCACGGCAAUUGCUUGCGGAGCUAAGCCACCAAGUAAACAGCAUACACAAUGAGGGGGAUAAUGGGUCAACAAGGGCAUUGAUAUUGGCGAGCGAUGUUGACACAAGUUUCUGCGCAGGCGCAGAUCUAAAAGAGAGGGCUAAAUUUACCCAGGAAGAAACGUCCAAUUUUCUGACUACAUUACGAGGAACAUUCGCAUCUAUCUCGCAACUACCUAUUCCCACAAUCUCCGCACUGGCAGCACCAGCAUUCGGUGGUGGCCUCGAACUAGCCCUUACGACACAUAUGCGCGUCUUCGCCUCUACGACUACCGUCGCACUCCCGGAGACACGUCUUGCUAUCCUUCCUGGCGCAGGAGGAACAUACCGUCUGCCCGCAUUGAUUGGCCUCUCACGCGCGCGGGACAUGAUACUGACAGGCCGCCGUGUUGCAGCGCCAGAGGCCUACUUUCUGGGGCUGUGCGACCGGUUAGUAGAAAUCACUGCCGAGGACGUACAACAAGAAGGUGCUGCGCGGAAGAAGGUCUUGAAUGAAGCAGUUAGACUGGCGAGGGAGAUAUGUGAAGGUGGGCCGAUAGCAAUUAAGGCUGCGCUUCAAGCGGUAGAGGGAUGUGCGCUAGGCGAGAAGGCCGAGAAUGCUGCAUAUGAGCUUGUGGUCAAGACAAAGGACCGGGAUGAGGCGCUUAUUGCGUUUAGGGAGAAGAGGAAGCCUGUGUUUAAGGGUGAGUAG